GUGGUGUGCGCUCGUUGCCUGGUUACACGGGAUGUGACGGCUAGGGGAUAGCGAGCGCGUAGCAAGCUGGGUAUUUAAGGCCUGGCGCGGCGCGCGGGGGAUCAUGUGUCCGUCCAGCGGGCACGGAGGAGGGCGGUGGGUAAGGUUGAAGCGGGCGCUUCGGACGUGGCGGAGUCAAGAGAUCCGACCGAUUGUGCUGCUCGUUCCCGCGGCCCUGUGUCUCCUCCUAGUGUUCUACUGCUUCCCUGUGCUCAGCGCUCUGGUGCUGUGUGCGGCCGGCGCCUGGCUUUAUUACAACUCGGGGCCGCACGUGUGGCGGUACUUAGACUGGAGGCAGGUAACAGGAGGAGCUCCGGGCAGGCGGCAGAGGCCUGCGGGACAUAGGAGGCAGAGGGAACCGGGCCUGAGGUGGACUCCUUCCUCCUUGUUGUUACUCAUGGGCAGCUAUCUGGGCAAGCAGGAGCCCCCGGCCCGGGCAAUGGGCAGAGGAACCAGGGAAUUAAAAGAGAGGCUAUCCAGACCUAAUCCAGCUGUGCCAACCCCAGCCAGGCGCCUGUCAUUCAGAGAAACACCAGUGAUAUCCAAUAGGGCUUUUCUGAGCCCACGCAGACGUUACCCAAUCCACCAACCACAGUACAGCAUGCCAGGUUCUCUUCCUACUGUGUAUUUCGAUGGCUAUCAGAAAAAAUGCUUACUCUCCCCAAAGUCUUCUCUGGUGCGCAGUCCAGUUACUGUGAAAAUUGCACGUCCAGACCCGAAUAUCGCUCGUUCACCUGUGCUGGAUAACCUUCUGUCUCCAGGGCCAGCAUCUCCACUGGUUCAGUGUGCACCAGAUCCGUGUGCAAAGGAAACUGUACUCAAUGCCAUCAGAGAAAGCAGGAAAAGGAUGAACAAAGAUGAAGAGCAUGGUAGUAGUGGAGGAUUAGAAAACAAGAGAAGGAGACAAGCCAGCAGUGGAAGUCUGGAUGCCUCAUUUGAGCAUCCUUUACCAAAUGGAACUUUGCCUUCAUAUGUCUCAAAGCCAGACAACUUAAAAAGAGGACUUCAUUCACAAGUUCUGGAAGACCAUGUCAACAAACGGUCCCGCACCUCCUCGAUCAGCUCAUUGAGUAGUUCUGUAAUGAAUGGAAUGAAAAUGUCUUCUCAUAAUGCAAUCACCAGCUCCUACAGUUCUAGCGCAGUCAUCCUGCAGAAAAGAAAGAGAACCCCAAAUGUAUCUGCAGUUUCAAGUUCACCCUCAUCGAGGAGCCAGACGCCAGAUCUGUCAGCCAAAAAAGCAAGAGAAGAAUCAUGUGAAGCUAGUCCAUCAACACCCGUGCGGCAAGACACAGAGCAGACUGGAAGAUUUAAUGAAACUCCUCCUAAGUCCUCUGCAGUAAACUCCUCCAGUGAAAAUGGAAGUGGUGGAGCCCGAAGGAAAAAAGUGUUGCUGGUCUACUCUGGACAUAGUGAUCAGUACCCGCUGCCGCCUCCACCUUUGGUUGGAUACAGCGUCACCUCAAAAGACUUUGACUCUGAAAAGAAGGCUUCUCUACAGAGGUUAAACAAGGCACUUGAAGAUGCAGCUGGUUCAGCUCCAAUCACCGCUGCACCCUCUGUAACUGUAGCAAAUACCUUAGCAUCGUCUUCUCUGUUCAACCUACCUACAACAACCGCAGCUGUGGCACCAACUUUACCAACCUCCACUGCUAGCAGUAACCCUCUCCUUCUCAGUCUAGCUAAAAUGCAGAAUAAGGAGGAAGUACAAGCACCAGCACAGAGUGUGAAUACAAACACCCCAAAUGAAAAAGUCCCAACAUCGUCUUCAUCGUGUUCCGAACCUGCAAUUCUUGGCCUCGGCAAUCCUCUUAGACAACCUUCUCUUUCUGCUCCAGCAGUUACAGAAAGUUCCAUCAAUGCACCACCCCUACCAUCUGAUACCCUGAAGUCUAGUCUGCUUCAGAUUCUUACUAAACCAUUGGAAAACGAUUCACAGUCUGGUUUUAAGCCAAUUUUCCCAACAAGUGCGUCUACAACACCCCUUUCGGUUUCCUCAACUGGGCCGUCUACAGCUUCAAAUUCUGUUUCUUCAGCAAAUACUUUCAAACCAAUAUUUGGAGAUCAGAACAGUCAGCCAGCACCGGCAUCAAGCACAUUCAAAGCAAUAUUUGGGGAUUCUACAGCCCAGCCACCCGCUUCUUCAUCACCUCUCACAUUCCAGAUGAAUUCUGCAUCCACUGCUGCCAGCUCAUUGUUCUCUGGAUUUGGUGCCAAAAGCACCAAUACAACUCUCAGUACAGAGAGUACCACUAAGCCUUCUCUGGCUCCCCCCUCUAGCAGCAGCAGCACUACUAACAACUUUACUGCAUCUAUGUUCUCCUCAGUGGCAACAACUGCUAGUGGAUCAAACCCUGCUGCAGUAAACUCCUUUCCUGCAAGUAAUGCACCUUCAGAUUCCCAAGCCAAACCAUUUGUUUUUGGACAGACGCCUACCUCGCAAGCUACUUUAGGCUUAAAUAUGUUUAGCAGCACCCAGUCUGCACCUACAACAGCAUCUCAGCCCCAUCAGCCACCAUUGUUUGGAUCGAACACCUCUGCAUUUACAGCUACGAUAGGUUCAAAUGCCCCUGCAUACCCGACUAACUCUGGCACAUCUGCAUUUAACAGCAUCUCAGGGAGUGGCAUUCAAGCAGAAAACCCUGCACAAAAUUCUGUUGGUUUUGGGUCAUCUGCAGCUCCAUCUGCAUUUGGAACAGGCACCCAGCCAGGUUUUGGAAGCACCUCCCAGCCAACAUUUGGUGCUAAUGCACAACCAGCAUUUGGUGGAAGUUCUGCUUUCGCAUUUGGAAAUGCUACUCCCGUUGCCUCCAAAGUACCCUUUGGUAAUAUGAACAGUACCCAGACCAACAGCACCCCUGCUACAAACCUGUUUGGAUCAAAACCUUUCCCUUACGGGGAAAACGCUAACUCUGUUCCAGCUUUUGGUACACCAAAUGCCACACCUGCCCAGACAUUGGGUUUUGGGAACUCUUUGGCUCAGAACAGUGCUAUCACAAAUCAAAGCACACCCUUGAACUUUGGGACACCGGGACCAGCUGAAAACAAGCUUGCUUUUGGUUCUCAGUUUGGCCAGAACUCCUCCGCUGGACCUCUUCCAUUCACAACUUCUACUCCUGCCUUGGCCUCCCCUGGUUCUUUUGGCCAAGGUACUCCAGGAAGUUUCUCAAUUGGUUUAAUAUCCAAACCUUCAGGAGCACGGCAGAGGGUAAUGGCACGUCGUCAGCACCAGCGGAAGAAGUGAAUGCUUUGUUUGGAAGAGUUGUGUGCUCCUCAAAGACUGUGUGUUUUUUUGUUUUGUUUUUAAUAUAUAAACGAAUCUGAAUGGAUAGACGCCCUUUGGUGCCAAUAGGUUGUGAAUAUGUAACACACAUGUCAGAUCUGUAACCUUUUUCAUGCAAGGAUUGACUAUUGCAAUGCCAAUGGUAAUCCUUUUGAUGGGUUAAAACAGCCGCAAUUGUGACCUGCAAAAUGGCACCAAUGACACUGCCAAACUGCAUCAUCUACUGUCUCGUGCAUGUUACCACUUUCUCACCUCCAUGUCAUGCACUUUCCAAUUCGGACUGAACAAGCAUUGUGUUGCAGGGAAGCGCAGGAUUCUGUUCAACUCUGCAAACAUUUUUUAUUUCAUAUAUCAGUUCUUGAAGAUUCUGUUUACUGUUAAGUGUGUUUCUUUACAGUGCCUUUUUAUUUGUGCCUCCGCUUCAUCUUGCUAACUUAUUCAAGGUGUUUUCCACCUAGUAAUGAGCAGUGUGAAUAUGUUCAGCGAGGCAGGAGGGCAGAAGCCCGAGACUGCUACAAUUCUGAACUGUUUAUAAUGAAUGUUUUCUGCCCCUAUUUCCAAAAUACUGAAAACUGACUUGAUGUCUGUACUAGACUUGCCCAAUGCACUGUACACUUCCCAUAGUCCUUCACGUAGACUGUGAAGAAUGUCAUCUACUCUGUUUUCCUGGAUACAGACCACUUCCUGGCAAUGGCUUACAAAGGUGUUUUGAGCCAAGCUGGAGUGCCUGUAUCUCCUGUAACUCCUGAUGCUGGAAGCUGUUAAUGAUUUAGAUGCUGUGUAUAUAUUUUGUAUUCCUAAGCUUUGGGAUGCUAAGUGUUAGGACUGUCUUUCUGUACAGUUCCUUCCCCUUUGGUGCAGACUGUAAAUUAAUUAACAAGCCGGCAAGAUCUUAAAUUAUGGCUGUCUGUAUUUGUCAGUUAUUUAUCUGUGUUGUGAAAAAUUGUACUUGUAAGCUACCUCUAAGGGGAAGAUUGGGAGUGUUAAAGCAUGUUCGAAUGAGAUUGUGUGGUAAGUGAAAUAGUAAUCUAAUGUGUGCUCUGCCAUUUGACCAUUUUGUUUUUUAGAGUGAUCGCUCUAUGAAUGAAUGAACCUGCCAAGCUUCUAGGGCUUUGUUUUCCAUUGAGCCAGGACUUUAAAGUGGAAAUUUAGCC